CCCGAUAAUUACGGGCUUGAUUUGCCAAUGGUGUGGAGGUGGCUGCCCUGCCCAAGCCAUUGCAGCAUGGAGGGGCCGAGCGCCCGCAGCGUCUUGGUGACGGGCUGCGAUGGGGGCAUGGGGCUGGAGCUGCUCAAACGCUUCCUGGAGCUGCCCAGCCCACCGCAGCAGCUCUUUGCAGCCUGCACCGACCCCGAUGGGAAGGCUCUCAAUGAGAUGGCUUUGUGCAACCCCAGCGUCGUGAUCCUGCCUCUAGAUACGACAGACCCCAGCAGCAUCCAGGCUGCGGUGGGCAGGGUGCAGGAGGAGCUGCGCGGUUCUGGCCUCAACCUCCUGAUCAACAGCGCCGGGGCCAGGCGUCGCAGCACUCUGGCCACUGAGACAGCUGAAAACAUGGCCCUCAUCUACGCCACCAACACCAUCGGGCCCCUGCAGAUCAGCCAGGCGUUCAUGCCUCUGCUGAAGGAAGCUGCAGAGACACACGGUGGGCAGGGGUUGAGCUGUGGCAGAGCAGCCAUCGUCAACAUCUCCAGCGUCCUGGGCUCCAUCGAGGUGGUGGAGGCGUGGGCUGAGAGGCAGGACGUGUCCUACCGCUGCAGCAAGGCUGCUCUCAACAUGCUCACCAAGUGCCUGGCUCUGGAGUAUGGUGACAGCGGGAUCCUCUGCGUGUCCGUGGAUCCUGGCUGUGUGGUACCGCCACCAGGAGACGGGAUGGGACCAGUGACAUUGGAAGAGAGCACCCAAGGCGUCCUGCAAGUCCUCGCCAACCUCUCCACCAACAGCAAUGGCACCUUCUGGGACUGGAAGGGACAGAGGCUGCCAUGGUGACCACAGCAUCCAUGUCCCCAGCU